ACCGCCCCAACGUAGAAAGCACUAUUCUUUUAUGUGUUGUGGUAAAGGAGGGCGGCUUUAAAUAUUUCCUUCUCCUAGCCGGACCCAGCCCUAAAAGGAAUAGGCUUUGCUACGAUGGAGUUCUUCUCCAUUGAGGGCGAGGCGAGACGGGCUUGGACGCGAAUGGAGGACAAGGCGUUCGAGAGGGCGCUGGUGGCGAUCCCGGAGGGAACACCGGAUCGCUGGUCGCUGAUCGCGGCGCAUGUCCCCGGGAGGACUCCGAGAGAGCUGUCGGAGCACUACGAGGUGCUGGUACAGGAUCUCACGGUGAUCGAGCGCGGCGAGGUGGAGAUUCCCCGUGAGUGGGACGACGAAGAGGUGAGCAGGAGCUCUGAUGCCGCCAGGACCUUCGACCAUUGCUCACCGCACUCCUUCGGCCGGGCCCGGAGGCGCAGCGAGGAGCGCCGGCGGGGGAUCCCGUGGACGGAAGAGGAGCACCGGUUGUUUUUGGAAGGGCUGGCACGGUAUGGAAGGGGAGAUUGGAGGAACAUUUCAAGAUGGGCGGUGAAAACAAGGACAUCAACUCAGGUUGCCAGCCAUGCUCAAAAAUACUUUAUCCGUCAGAACCAGAACGCUAGCAACAGAGACUCCAAGAGAAAGAGUAUCCAUGAUAUCACCAAUCCUUGAGCGAGUAUCCAUGAUAUCACCAAUCCUUGAGCUUGUACAUGUUAUGUUGUGAAAUGAUAGGAAGAGACGCUUUUAUACUCUCCAAUAAAUUGGUUUUGAUAGGUGCUUAGCUACACAAGUUUUGUUCAUGUCUUUAUAAUCGUCAUGGUAUAAAUUUGCAGUAGGUUAGGUUAAGAUGCUCUUGGCACUGGUGAGAGAGUUCACCACCGUUGAUCUUCGUAUUUUUUUUUUUAUAUGAAACUAGUCGAAGACUCGCACAUUGUGCGGGAUGGGAUGUAUAAAAAAUCUUCAUAUUUUUCUUUUUAUAUGAAAUUAGUCGAAGACUCGCGCAUUGUGCA